AUGGUUCGUGAGAAUGUAAAUCACAAGCUUGAAGAACUGAAGGUUGAUGUAUCCAAAGAUCUUCGUGAGUUGGAUAACAAAUAUUCUUCUCUUCUUGAGAAAGUUGAUAUUAUAGCGGAUGGUGUUACUACGUUUGUUAAAACCCAUCAAUCUUUUGAUCAUAAGUUUGAUGAGAAAGCAACUGCUGCUGUAACAAGUUUUGGAAAACUUACUACUCUGCUUGAAGAAUUGAAGGGAAUUGUUUCGAAGUCUAGCUCAUCCUCAAUCUUUACUCCUGAGUUUCUUGAUCAGAAGUUUCGUUACUUCGAGGCUACAAUUCAAAAGAUGCUAGCUCCAUUGUCUCAGUUUGUUACUAUCUUACCAACAAAUGCCUCGCCUGUUAUCACAGGGGUGCAAGGGGGAGAAAAGGAAGGUGUUGGUAAAGGAGCAAAUGUUUGUGAGAAAACGAAUGAAGAAACAAAGGUUGUGGGUAAAGUUUUCAAGACUCAAAUUCCUACAACAAAACCUAUAUUUUCGAAGGCUGAACCUGUAAUAGCAACUACAGUUACUACAAGGCCAAUCACAAAAGGCAUUGUAAUUGGGUCAACUGGUGAAGGGGAAGUAGUUCGAAACCUAAGGAAACUACAACAACUUCAGACAGAGGGAAAACAAUUUCUUGUUGAAAAGAUGAAAGAAGAAAGAAAUGCAGAAAUUGAAGCAGAGAUGGAGAAGCAAAGUCAUAUUCAAGGUAUUUUGAUGCUUCGUGCUUCUGAUCCACCUAGAAUGAACAAAGGUGAUCCAACGAGAUUGCACAGUUAUGAAAAUAUUGAAGCCAGAGUUGCAUAA